AUGGGUCAGAGCAUGUCAUGGCUGUCUGGCCUGCUGUGGGCAAAGAAGGAGAUACGAAUUCUGAUCCUGGGUCUGGAUAACGCCGGAAAGACGACACUAUUAUACAGGCUCAAGAUAGGCGAGGUAGUAACGACGAUCCCGACCAUAGGAUUCAACGUGGAAUCAGUAACCUACAAGAACCUCAACUUCAACGUGUGGGAUCUGGGCGGGCAGACAUCGAUCCGGCCGUACUGGCGUUGCUACUACGCAAACACGGCCGCGGUUAUCUUCGUGGUCGACAGCACAGAUAUCGAGCGUCUGCAGACGGCUUCCGAGGAGCUGGCAGCCAUGCUCAACGAGGACGAGCUGAAAGAUGCCGCCCUCCUCGUCUUCGCCAACAAGCAGGACCAGCCCGGCGCUAAGGGCGCUGGCGAGAUAUCUGAAGCUCUCAGGCUCGGUGAGCUGCGCGAUCGCAACUGGAGUAUCAUGGCGUGCUCUGCUGUCGACGGUAGUGGUGUGAAUGAGGGCAUGGACUGGUUGGUGCAAACCGUGUCGCAAGACUAA